AGGGUGGGGAGGUGGGGGCUGCAUGAUGUCACUUCCACCAGCUCUGGCAUAUAUAACCCAAUGCUGCAGUGCUCACUAGGCACCAAGAGCGAACAGGGGAGGGAGGAAGGGAUCGGACACAAGGAGUGAUUGCAGCAUUUCCCAGCAGACUGCAAGCCAGCCGGAUCCCAGGAUGCUCUCUGUAGGAGUCCUGUCCCUCGCCCUGUGUGUGGCACAAGUUUUGUCCCUUCCUGUAUCCAGCCUGGAAGGUGAAGACAACACAAAGGUGAUGAAAUGCAUCGUUGAAGUGAUUUCCGACACGCUGUCCAAACCCAACCCCGUGCCCAUCACUCAGGACUGCCUGGAUACCCUCCGAGGAGAUGAAAGGAUUAUCUCCAUCCUCAGGCAUCAGAAUCUACUGAAGGAGCUGCAGGAACUGGCUUCCCAAGGGGCCGUGGAGAGGCUGCAGAAAGCGAAGAAGAAUCGCGGCUACGAGGAAGAGCUUUCCGGAGUCCUCGAGAAGCAGGAGGACAAAGCGCCCGUCUCCGAAAAAUCGGACGAGUUUCCUCUCCACGGUGAAUUCUCGGAAAGCGAGGAGGAGGCCAAGAGGCAGCCAGAGGAAGAGAGGAAAGCGAGCUCGGAGCGCUCUCGGGAAGGUGACAGCGGCGAGGAGCUGGAGAGUAACGAGAUCAGCAAGAGAGAGGAGACCCCGGAGGACGAGGAGGAGAUCGACAAUCACAUCACCGAUGAGAUCAACGACAUGGAGCUUCCCAAGGACAAUCAGGAAGACGCCGGCGAUGGCGGGUCCGAGGAGAAGGAGGCCGCGUCUAAGAAGGAUCCCGAGGAUGAGGAGAUUGGAGACCAUGAGAAGGAAGACCUAAAGCAAGAGAGCAAUGAGACGGAGAACGAGGAGGACGAAACGCAGCGGGAGGACAAUUCGAUGAGGACUCCUGAAGAGACGAGAUCGGAAGUGGAGACCAGCAAGGAAAGCAAACAACAGGAAAGUGAGACGACUGACUGUUCCGACGACGAAACCACCAAAGACCUCGAGGAUUCCAAACGAUGGAACAAAAUGGAUGAGCUGGCGAAGGAGCUCCGAGCCAAGAGGUGCGCCAAGCGGGACGCCAGUGAGGAGGACCCAGACCGAUCCAUGAAAAUUCCCACCAAAGACCAAAAGUACGAGCCGGCCAGCGAGGAGCGCGAAGAGCGACAGCGGCAGCAAACCUCGAGAGAGGACAUGGAGACUCCGAUGUCCAAAAGGCCAGAAGAGAGGAAGGAGGAAGAGGGCAGUGCCAACAGGAAGACCGAGGAUCAAGAACUGGAGAGCCUGGCCGCCAUCGAGGCUGAGCUGGAAAACGUCGCCCACAAACUGCAUGAUUUGAGGAGGGGAUGAACUACGACCCAACAAUAAAAAAAAUAAAAAUAAAAAAUAAAAAUACACACCAUCGCACCUUUUUACAUGCGUGUCCUACAUUAACCCUACGACCGCCAUCGGCAAACCGCUUAUGGCAGGAUUGGGGUUAAACAGAACCUUUUUUCACGAAAGAGGCUUAGAGGCCGCCAAUGCUGACCAUCCUUCUUAAAAUGCUAACUGCCUGGCUGUCAUCCUGGUCUCCUGGCUUCCAUCAGAGCCUAGAGUCUCAGAACACGCAUGCAGACCAGGAUUUUCCUGACCCGCAUGCUUGCGCCAAGUUACCAAGCCAGGUGGUGAGUAGAACAGCCAUUUUCAGGAGGAGAUGAUCAAUGGCCGCCCCCGUAAGGCUCUCAUGAUGAGUUUACUUUAAACCUGCACUAGUUUUAUUUCAUUGUUCUCACCAGUCUGUCAUACAAGGUGGUCAUCGCACAUUUCUGGGGGUGGGGAGAUUAGCUCUUGGCACAGAUUAUUUUCCGAUCCAUUUUCAGGCGCGUCAGAGGCAAUACGAAGGUGUCCGAUGAUAAGGGAUGAAUCUGAUGACAUCUCAGUUUUUUUUUUUUUUUUUCUCUAUGGCUUCAGUUUGGACGCUAAACGCUUUUUAGUACAAAGGUAAUUUUUAUGUUAGAUUGACAUAUUGCAAUAACUUGUUACUUUUUGAUUAAAUCCUGGGAGUGGAGGUCUAUUCUGUUGUAAAAAUUAUUUACAGGGAAAUAAAAUACGAUUUUUUUCCUUUG